AUGAGCCCAGCACACCUAACUCGACAUUCACGCACCCUCCUCUUAACGCUUGACGCCUUCGGCACCCUUUUUCACCCGUGCCACCCUGUCCCGAACCAGUACGCGGCGGUUGCGCGUGCCUUCGGAUUGCCCCGUGCAGUCAUAACCCCGGACCGGCUCAAAGCCGCAUUCAAGGAGGUUUUCAAAGCACAAGCGCGUAAAUAUCCCAAUUAUGGUCGUUCAGAUGUUCUGCUGGGUCAGUAUGGCGGGCCUCGACAAUGGUGGGAGGAGGUGAUUCAGGGGAGCUUCGCGCGCGCGAUACUUGGGAACAAUGAGGAGGCACGAUCGACGCAAACAGGCCAGACGGGCGAGCAUAUCAUUCUUCCCCCCGGCCUAAUUGAUUCUCUACUGGAUCAAUUUGCUGGGUCCAAGGGUUAUGCAUUUUACAAUGAUGUGGCACCUUUCUUCCGUCGCAUGCGCGAACUGAAGACAAGUGGAAAGAGUCCGUUUGAACAUAUAAUUAUUGGUGUUAUUUCAAACUCGGAUGAUCGCGUUCCUGCUGUGUUAAAGUCGUUGGGCCUCCAAGUAGGCAAUAUGCGCGCCGACCAAGAUCGUUGCAGUAUGGAACUUCCAGGCUUUGAGGACCUCCAAGGCGCGCAGGCCACAGCAGAUGGGCAACACACAUUGGAUGUUGACCUUGUAAUUACGAGCUAUGAAGCCGGUGCAGAGAAGCCUGAUCGGUUGAUUUUUGAUGUUGCGAAACGACAGGCUCAGUUGCUUGCGACCCCUUCGAAUAGCGACGCCGACAUACUUUGCGUACAUGUGGGCGACGACUACGUGAAGGAUUAUUGUGCUGCUAGAGAUGCAGGCUGGGAAAGCUACCUUCUUCCUCGAGACGCGUCUCAGAAGAAUCCAAACGCAGAAACUUCACUAGACUCUUUGGCAGAGCUGGUCGAUCAAUUGGAGAGGCCGACUUGA